GUGAGUUCACUGCCAGUAGUGUUUUUCCGAAUCUGUGGACUCUGAUGGCAUCUUUUUUUUUUCCUCGUAGGAUUUUCUAUUCUGAGAGCCCAUCACUUUCCGAUUGGUGAAUUUUGGAGCAGCACGAACCUCUAAUAAUUAUUCAAACUCAGUUUUAAAAAAAUCCCAGAUUUUGUUUCCCCUUGUCUCACCAAAGUAGGCUAUUACAUAUACAAACAAAUAGUAAAACAUUAACAGAGGGCCAGAGGCUAGGAAACAAAAGGAAACUAAUCUCUCUCUUCCUCCAGCCAGACUGAAGUUGAGAAGGGGAGAGGAGAGGGGCUCAAAUGGGUUUUGUUGAAGAGGAGAAACAACUAGAGCAGGAGGGAGUUAUGGCUACGGAUUUUUUCUGGUCAUAUACGGAUGAACCCCAUGCCUCUCGCAGAAGACAGAUCCUUUCUGAGCAUCCCGAAAUCAAACAACUUUUUGGUCCCGACCCUUUUGCUUUCCUUAAGAUUUUUAUGGUUGUCUCGCUUCAGCUGUGGACUGCGACAUUUCUCAAUGAAGCAGGUUGGUUGAAACUAUUAAUCGUGGCCUAUUGUUUUGGCUCAUUUCUCAAUCAUAAUCUCUUCUUGGCCAUUCACGAGCUCAGUCAUAACCUUGCCUUCUCAACUCCUGUCUACAACCGGUGGCUUGGAAUUUUUGCUAACCUUCCAAUUGGUGUACCUAUGUCUGUCACCUUCCAAAAGUAUCAUCUUGAGCACCACCGCUUUCAAGGCGUUGACGGCGUUGAUAUGGACAUUCCAAGCCUUGCAGAAGGCCAUGUGGUAACAAACGUUUUCGCCAAAUCAAUAUGGGUUGUUUUGCAACUCUUCUUUUAUGCUCUGAGACCCCUUUUCCUCAAACCAAAACCCCCUGGUAUGUGGGAAUUCAUCAAUUUAAUCGUUCAGCUGGGCCUUGAUGCUGCUAUGGUUUACUUCUGGGGCUGGAAGUCAUUUGCAUAUCUGAUCCUGUCUACAUUUGUUGGAGGAGGAAUGCACCCUAUGGCCGGCCACUUUAUCUCGGAACAUUACGUGUUUAAACUGGAUCAAGAGACAUAUUCUUACUACGGCCCCUUGAAUCUGAUGACAUGGAGUGUUGGAUACCACAAUGAGCAUCAUGAUUUUCCUAGGAUUCCUGGGAACAAGCUUUACAAGGUGAAGGAAAUUGCACCAGAAUAUUAUGAGAACUUGAAGUCAUAUAGAUCUUGGAGCCAAGUGAUUUACAUGUAUAUAAUGGAUAGAACCGUUGGCCCCUUCAGUAGGAUGAAGAGGAAGUUAUCCACAGUAACCAACAAAAAGACUGAAUAAGUUUCUUAUGAAGUGUAGGUGCACAAACCAUUUUUCUCCUCAUUUUUGUCCCUUUGGGGGGUCUUUGUGUGAGAUACUAGCUAUUUAUAUUCUUUUUAAAUACCACUACUAUUUUAUAUCUCCUUUGUUAAACCAUUAAUACAUUCACUGAACUUAUAUUAGGAAUGAAGAGAGAGUUGAACCAUUUGAA